GGGUGCAUGCACGGCAAGCCUGAGGCCUGGCUGCCUGCUGCCUCACCUGCAAGGAGGGGCCUCCCAGAAACUCCCUUCCCCAGUGCCCAGCCGCCCUACCUUGCCAGACUUAGCUGACCAGCCAGCAAGGACGCCCACUGCCUCCCACCUGCCCUCCUGCCCUCCUUCGCCAUCCAAGCCCAGCCUGAGCCAGCACCUGCCUUUACAACCAUGUUCAAGGGAUUGAGCAAAGGCUCCCAGGGGAAGGGGUCCCCCAGGGGCUUCCCAGCCAAGGGGUCCCCCAAAGGCUCUCCCAGCAAGCAUAGCCGGCCUGCCACCCGGGAGCUGGCCCUGCUCAUCUGCCACAUGCAAGCCAGCACCGACCAGGUGGAGCGGGACAUCCUGGAGACGCAGAAGAGGCUGCAGCAGGACCAGCUGAACAAUGAGCAGUGCCAGGCCCUGCAGCACCAGCAGGAGAUAGGCCGCAGCCUGAAGGAGGCCGAGGUGCUGCUCAAGGACCUCUUCCUGGACGUGGACAAGGCCCGGCGGCUCAAGCACCCACAGACUGAGGAGAUUGAGAAGGACAUUGAGCAGCUGCACGAGCGGGUGACCCAGGAGUGUGCGGAGUACCGUGCCCUGUACGAGAAGAUGGUGCUGCCGCGACGUGGGACCCAGGAUCGACUGGGCACGCGUGCUGGAGCAGAAACAGAAGCAGGUCUGCGCAGGCCAGUACGGGCCCGGCAUGGCGGAGCUGGAGCAACAGAUCGCCGAGCUCAACAUCCUGCAGAAGGAGAUCGACGCCUAUGGACAGCAGCUGCGGAGCCUCGUGGGGCCGGAUGCAGCCACCAUCCGGAGCCAAUACCGAGACCUACUGAAGGCGGUGUCGUGGCGCGGGCAGAGCCUGGGCAGCCUGUGCACGCACUGCAGGGCUGCACGCGGCAGCUGAGCGCCCUGGCGGAGCAGCAGCGCCGCAUCCUGCAGCAGGACUGGAGCGACCUCAUGGCCGACCCUGCGGGCGUGCGGCGGGAAUACGAGCACUUCAAGCAGCACGAGCUGCUGAGCCAGGAGCAGAGCUUAAACCAGCUGGAGGACAACGGCGAGCGCAUGGUGGAGCUGCGGCACCCCGCGGUGGGGCCCAUUCAGGCCCACCAGGAGGCCCUGAAGAUGGAGUGGCAGAACUUCCUGAACCUGUGCAUCUGCCAGGAGACCCAGCUGCAGCACCUGGAGGACUACAGCCAGGUGCAGCUGCUGCGGGGUGAGUGGUAUAAGCUGAUAGAUAACACUGACCCGCACACCUGGGUCAUGCGAGGCCCUGGUGGGGAGAACAAGUAUGCUCCCACCGCCUGCUUCUGCAUCCCAGUACCAGACCCUGAUGCCGUGGCCAGUGCCUCCCGGCUGGCCUCGGAGCUGCAGGCCCUGAAGCAGAAAUGGGCCACAGUCCAGAGCCGCCUGAAGGCCAGCGCUGCGGAGUCUGUUCGGCCCAGCCAGCAGGCUCCAUCUGGCUCGGCCCUGGCCAACCCACAGGCCCAGAAGCUCCUGACACAGAUGACCCGGCUGGAUGGAGACCUGGGACAGAUAGAGAGGCAGGUGCUGGCCUGGGCGCCGGCCCAGCUGAGCCGCACCACACCCCAGGAGGACCUGGGGGGCCACAUCCACAGCCACGAGGUGGGGGCGGUCACCCAGCUGAAUCAGAGUCAGGCUGACACUGACCCAGAUCCCUGUGACCGGGACUCUCAGCAACGACACAGAGGUGACCUGGGGGAGCAGUCGUCUUGGAAUGGGAGGAGGAAGAGCCCCCAUGUGGAGCACGUGGACACAGGAAGAGGUGCAGGUGCUGGCCUGUGAACCUGGUCUUCACCUGAGGGACGGGCAAGUGGAGGACAGAGAACCAGUAGAUUGUGCAGGGGUCCCAGGACCUGAUUGCUUGUAUCCACCAUUGACACCGAAGACAUUCACAGAUGUUCUGUUGGACCCAGCUGUCAUGAGAUGCCCUGAUGACAGCCCCAAUUUUGGAGCCAUAGGUGAAUGUCACUGUCCCUCUAGGAGGUGUGGACAGUGAAAGUUCCUGUGUCACCACAACCUGGGAAGUGACUCCUGAACCCAGAGGAAAAAAAGAUAUCAUCAGGACAGGAGACAAAACCCUAGAGAAUAUAGACACCUAGUAGUUUCUAAGUAAUUUUUUUAACUAUUAAAAAAAUCAUUGAGCGAAUAAAGAAAAAACAUACAAAUAUCUACCUUCCUAA